UACAAACACAAUCUGAUUUACAUAAACAAAUGAGAAAUGAGUGUUGUAACAACUGGUAGAAGUUUUGAUUAUCAAUUAAUAAGUAAUUAUUAUCAGUUAUUAAUUAUUACCGGCUUUUCCAAAGAAUGUACAAGAAAGAAUGAUCAAACGAAUCAAAUAGCAGACCUAAAUAACAAGAAACAAUGAACAUCAUCAAAAUGCGGCUGAGGUUUUUGAUAAGGCCAUUAUGCUUGAUCGUAUGUAUCAUGACACUUACUAAUAUUUUGAGGAUAAAACGGAUGCCAGGAGAACGCUUCGCGGAUAGUUGCAUCAAAGCAGAUGGCGCUGUAAACAUGAAUUAUGACAUGCGUCACUUUCCAGACAUUAUUGAAGAUGAUUAUGCCCAAUUGCAAUUUGAGAAAGAAGUCGACCAAACAAAACUUGACGAUAUUAGAAAAUGGAAUGAGACUGGCAGCAUCAAUUAUAAAAUCUAUGAAUUUGCGGAUUUCAUUGAAGAUGAAAAUAACGGAUCUCUUGUUCCAGAGAACCACAUGGGCGAGCAAACUAAAACUAACCGUGUGACUGACCCUAAUCACAUUCCAUCUGAGCGCACAGUUGAUUGUAAAUAUGACAUUUCGGGGAGAUUAUGUGGAGAACAGAACCCCCAUAUGUACUCAUGCAGCGCCAUCUCUGAUAAAUGGCCAUCUAUGCUGCCACCUAUCGUAAAACAAACGAACUAUGACAAACAGAGAAUUCCUCCAAACUUUUUUGAUUUUCCUUAUGUUGAUAACGCUCCAAAGUUGGAUUACAAAAAGCUAAUAUUGAAUCCCAGAAUGAUAUGUAGUGACCACCAACCCCAUGUGCUUGUCAUGUGUAAUAGUGCAAUACAAUCCUUCAAUGUGCGUCAGGCAGUGCGUAAUACGUGGGGCAAUGCAAGUGCCAAUAAUGCCCAAAAGAUGGCUCUGAGGGUUGUUUUUAUAAUUGGAGAUUUUAACAACACAGCUGAUCAACAUAUCAUUGAUGAAGUCAACAGAGAGUCUAGAAUUCACAAAGAUAUUCUACAAAUUCAGGUUGACGAUUCAUACCGAGCCAUGACUGCGAAAAGGAUUCUGGGAUUGCGAUGGGGGCUCGUGUACUGUCCAACAGCGACACAUGUAAUUUACGCAACAGAUGACAUCGUAAUUAACAUUAACAAAAUCAACAAUAUCAUCAAAACAGAGGGAAACGAUAGCAUGGAUAGAGUGUACUACGGAUGUAGCUACCCCGAGGAACAAAUGGCGAUAACCUCAGGGAGAUACGAGAUGCAUUCCGAGCCCCCAACCAACUGGACCAAAUUCAACUUACUCCCAAGAUACAACAUUGGAUUUGCCAUGCUUCUUUCACGUGAUUCCGCCGCAUACAUUAACGCCCUCACAUGCAAAACACCAUUAGUUUUCCCCGAUGAUGCCUAUAUUGGUAUCUUAUUAAAAAUGGUUGGGAUUGCACCGAAGGGAGAGUACAAAACUUGUGGAAUACGUCACAGAAAAGACAGGAAAUUAGGAGUUGCAUUUGCAGUUGAGAAAUUUUCGAAUUUACUUUGGGAUCACACAAACCGUACUGUAUUUGUACAUUUGUAUGAAAGAAAUAAUACGGCGAUAUUGAUAGAGAAGAUAUGGAAGAAACGACCAGAUAUGUAAAUAAUUUUGAAAAGUGUAAUAAAUUGCAAACAAAGUAUUGAUAUGUUUGGUCAAUGUGGUUAGUGGGGGGGGGUUCGAAGGUAUACGUCAUGAAGACUUCAGUUGGACAUUGCGUUCCGUAAAUAUGACGAAGAAGUUGAAUAACAAAUUACUAUAACAAAUGCAAUAUUCUUACUUUCAAAAUAACUUAGAUUGAAUCUUUGUGAAUUAUUUUGUGUAUAUCAAGAGUUCAGAAACAGCAGCGUACUUGUGCAAAUUCUUUAUUUGAAAACUUUAGAAGCCUCAUGUUUGUAACAACUGUUCUUAAAAAGCAGCGCUUGUUCUUCAGAGCGU